AUGUUCCCAGAAGAACCCAAGGCCGUGGAGGAAGCCUUGCUACGCUUCGCAGGGAGUUCCCAUCAGGCCUCGCGCGCACUGGAGGCGCUGCUUGCGCGACCGGACAGCAAAACGGCGGAAGACGAAGAUGACCUGGACUACGACUGUGCGGAUGCUGGGGUUGCCGAGGUGGACGAAGAUGAAUGGGAGGAGGACUGGGAGGACGAGGAGUACGGCGAGUACUGGGAGGACGAGGACGACGACGCGCCGGGGGCGUGCUCCUUUUGUGGCGCCGCCGGCGACGCGGAGUUGGCCGAGGACGGGGAGUUCUACUGCUCCCGCUGUUGGGAAGAGUGGGCCGAGGGCACAGCAGCAGAGGAACCGCCGCCGUCUGCGUCCGCGCCGGCACCGGCACGUCGCUGGGGCGCGCGACGCGAAGAGCACAAGGCCAUGCCGGCCACGCCAGCGGAGCGCGAGCCGGCUGCCGUGCCCAGCGGCCUUGGCAAGGCCUUCUUCCAAAGCUUGGAUGGCGCUCCGCAGUGGGCGGACGCGCCCACGCGGCCCGAAGCAGGUGGGAAAGAGCUGGUGGCCCUCCGUCCCAAAGAGGAGAGGGGCACCGAGGAGAUGGCUUCAAAGAAAGGUCCCAAGGCUCAGUUGCUCACUCCUGGAGCCGCCACAGCUCCCACAGCUCCCUCGCCGACCGCGACGUCCUCGAGCGCACGGUCGGAGCCGAGGUUCGAGGAGCUCCUGCGUUCUUUGCAGCCUCGCUUAGGGGCGCUGAUUGUGCGAGAUUGA